AUGGACUCCGGCCGUUCGUUACGACUUCGCCUGUCAGAUUACCACAUCUCUCCACAUUUAGGCUUCUUGCUUGAGGAUGCCAUGGAAGUAUUACCAGAGUAUUUCCAAGUGUGGAAUCACCUGGCCAGUCCGCCAGUGUACAUCCCACUCAUCGAAAGUCAUGGACUACGGCAAGAGGUAGACAAGAUGCCUGUUCUUGACCAUUCUCGUCUGUCUGGACAUCGACAGCUUCAACUGGCCCACCUCCAGCUUUCAAUCCUUGUCAAUGGUUACGUAUGGCAAGACGGCGACCACGGUGUCUCAAAGCGCGUGCCGCGAUGUCUGUCAGUGCCCUACUGCGGUGUGUCCAGGCUCCUGGACGUCCAGCCCAUCCUGUCUCAUGCCGAUGUCGUCCUGGCUAACUGGGUGGCUAUCGACAAACAAAGACCUAUAACGAUAGAGAACAUCCGGAUACUAUACAGACUUCCCGGAGGUGAGGAAGGAGCCUGGUUCUUUCAGGCCACAGUUAGCGUUGAACUGGCAUUUUGUUCUGCUUUGCAGCCCAUAGUGCUUGCUCUGGAGGCAACUGACACUGGCGAUGACGUGACUCUAGUGAAAUGCUUGAAGGACAUUGCGUCAACCAUAAAGGAUAUGAAGACAGCCGUAUCCAGAAUGCAUGAUGGACUGAGUGCAGACACUUUUUAUAACGUGACGAGACCUUUCCUAACAGGGUGGGGCGGAGAUGGAUCCCCUUUGCCAGAAGGACUUGUGUACGAAGGAGUUAAUGAUGAACCACUUGAGAUGACUGGGGGCAGUGCCGCCCAGAGCUCUACUGUUCAGUGUCUGGACGCCGCCCUCGGAAUAACACACGCACCUGAUGUCCAAGCAUUUUUAGACCGAAUGAAACCAUAUAUGCCCCGCCCACAUCGAGAGUUUUUGAACGAUGUCCGGGAAAGGUCGAGGAUCGCACCUUACGUGCGUUCCAGUUCUAAUGAAAAACUGAAGACAGCUUAUCGAGACUGUAUAGCGUCUUUGGUGGAGUUUCGUAGUUACCACAUACAGAUCGUCACAAAGUACAUCAUAGUGGCUUCCAGCAAGAAGAGACAAGAAGACGAAAAGUACAGAUCUGUGUCAAAAAAGGGAACGGGAGGUUCUAGUAUACUACCAUUUCUGAAGAGCUCCAGAGAUACAACAAAACAGAUGGACGGCAGCAUGUGAUAUCACAACAAAACAGAUGGACGGC